AUGCCUCACACGAACGGUACCAAGUCUCAGCCUUCUCAUUUCGGGACCGAUCUCUUGGACCCAAGCAAGGCUUUGUCUCUUCUCGAAGAGUACGAAGAACGCGAUGGCCUAGAUGUCAAGUCCCUCAUUGACUCCAAGAAACACGGCGGAUUGACCUACAAUGACUUUCUUGUCCUUCCUGGGUAUAUUGGCUUUGCAGCCUCCGACGUCAGUCUUGAAUCGCCAGUCACCAAACGAAUCACUCUCAAGACUCCCUUCGUCUCGUCGCCCAUGGACACAGUCACCGAGCACGAAAUGGCCAUCCAUAUCGCAUUGCAAGGAGGAUUAGGUGUUAUUCACCACAAUUGCUCUGCUGACGAACAAGCCGAGAUGGUUCAGAAAGUCAAGCGCUAUGAAAAUGGCUUUAUUCUCGACCCAGUAGUGUUGCAGCGCGACACCACUGUUGCUGAGGUUAAGGCGCUCAAGGAGAAAUGGGGAUUCGGUGGUUUCCCUGUAACUGAGAAUGGGAAGCUUGGCUCCAAGUUGAUCGGUAUCGUCACCAACCGAGAUAUCCAAUUCGAGGAUAAUGAUGACGCUCCCGUCUCUGCAGUAAUGGUCACUGAUCUUAUUACUGCUGCUCAUGGCACAACUCUGGUGGAAGCCAAUGCGAUACUUGCCAAGUCUAAAAAGGGAAAGCUCCCAAUCGUGGACUCUGAUGGUAAUUUGGUUUCUAUGAUCUCCCGUUCCGAUUUGAUGAAAAAUCUUCAUUUCCCGCUUGCCUCAAAGCUGCCCGACUCCAAGCAAUUGAUUUGCGCCGCUGCCAUCGGUACCCGACCAGAAGACAAGACUCGUCUGCAAAAGUUAGUUGAUGCUGGACUCGAUGUAGUCAUCUUGGACAGUAGUCAGGGAAACAGCAUGUACCAGAUCGAGAUGAUCAAGUACAUCAAGAACAAAUAUCCCGGAUUGGAUGUGAUUGGAGGCAACGUUGUCACCCGGGAGCAAGCAGCCUCGUUGAUCGCCGCUGGCGUCGAUGGUCUUCGUAUCGGUAUGGGAAGUGGCAGUGCUUGCAUCACACAAGAAGUUAUGGCUGUCGGUCGGCCACAAGCUGCAGCUGUCUACAAUGUCAGCUCUUUCGCAGCCAGAUUCGGUGUCCCAUGUAUGGCUGAUGGUGGUAUCCAAAACGUUGGCCACAUCGUCAAGGGUCUCGCGCUCGGUGCUACCACUAUCAUGAUGGGUGGUCUUCUAGCUGGUACUACAGAAUCUCCCGGUACUUCUUUUGUCAGUCGCGAGGGUAAACUUGUCAAGGCUUACCGUGGUAUGGGUAGCAUUGACGCAAUGCAAGACAAGAAGGCUGGAUCUGGCGCCAAGGAUAGCCAGAAGCAGAACGCUGGUACUGCCAGAUACUUCUCUGAGGGUGACAGCGUUCUCGUCGCGCAAGGUGUGUCCGGAGCUGUUGCCCACCGAGGAUCUGUCACGAAGUUUGUUCCAUAUCUUGCUGCCGGUCUGAAGCAUUCUCUUCAAGACUGUGGCCAGAAGAGUUUGGCGGAGCUCCACGCAGCAGUUGCUAGCGGCGUUACUCGAUUCGAAUUGAGAACUGCAAGUGCACAAUUAGAAGGCGGUGUCAACAUGGAGAGUUAUGAGAAGAAGCUUUAUGCUUAG